GAUUCCAUUUCUGCCGCCUAAUACCAUCACACGAUCUAUUUUUCUAUCUCGUUGUUCUUCCCUUCAUUAGUUUUUUUAUAUAAAUUUCUUUCAAAUUUUUGCAAUUAUUUUUCUGAGAUUUAUUCAUAGUUCCGCUCUGGGAUACGAUCCAUAUUUUUUCGACAGAUUUAUAAUGUUUUUUUGUGUUAUUGUGGGUGGUCUCCGAUGAUAGACCUAUUUUAGAUAUUUAUUGAUUUUUUGUAAAAAUAUCAAUAGAUAUCGUAAAACAUGAAUAGAUAUGUACUACAUGAUCCGAAAUGAAAUAUUAUUAAUUUUUUAACUGAUUCCGAAACCUGUAAAUUUGGGUAUAAUUUUGAGCUUUUUAUAAAUUUUAAGUUUCAUAAUUUCAGUACAUUUUUGUUAAUAAUUAGAUAUUACUUAAGAGGCUUACAACCAGAAAAUGGUUUGAUCUAUUUCUUCCAAAGUGUGUUCCUUUCCAAAGACAUGUUUUCUAGCAAGGGUGUGUAAUGAAAUGAAGUGAAGUAGAUCAAAUUUGGAGGGCAGAAACUGACUUUUUUGGUCUCUACCACUUGCAAUGGGUACUUGUCAUGAAUUGUAGGGACCAUGUUCCAUGGUUCCUCUUGUAAAAUUGGAAUACAAUUCCGUAGAAAUUUUAAAGAGGCUGUGAUGAUAGUUUUGUGUAUUUUUUAAUGGCGGUCUUAUCUUCUUAUUUAGAAUACAAUUUGAUGAUAUGAUUCGUAUCUUGGCGUAGUUACCCGGAAAUUGACACCGCGGUUGCAGCCAUGGUGGUCUUAUCUUCUUAUUUCCCAAUGGAAAAACAUUUAUGAGCCUCACAAAAAUUUCUACUUUUUGUAUAGAAAUUAUGAGCCUCAUAAGGGAGGUCUUAUGGAGGUGCCUUGAGACGAGAAGAGUUCUCAUCGCGUACACUCGCGCGAUCAAGGAUAUGUACGAUGGGGCUAUGACUAGGGUAAGGACCUCCGGGGGCGACUCUGAGUCAUUCUCGGUAGGGAUGGGGUUGCACCAGGGGUCUGCCCUUAGCCCUUUUUUGUUCGUCUUGGUGAUAGACGUCCUAACUCAAGGUGUUCAAGAAGGAGUCCCAUGGUGCAUGCUUUUCGCGGAUGAUAUUGUGCUUAUCGACGACACACGUGAGGGACUAAACGAUAAGUUGGAGCGAUGGUGCCUCGCCCUUGAGACUAAAGGAUUCAGAAUAAGUAGGAACAAGACUGAAUACAUGGAAUGUCGUUUCAACGGUCGGGAAACAUAAUCAGAAGUGGAAGUUAGGAUUGACUCUCACGUAGUACCUAAGGUAGACAGGUUCUGAUAUCUUGGCUCGGUAAUCCAGGCGGAUGAGGAGUUAGACGGGGAUGUUGGACAUCGUGUAGGAGUGGCUUGGGCCAAAUGGUGGUUGGCCUCAGGGGUGUUGUGUGACUCGUAGAUUUUGCCCAGGAUGAAAGGUAAGUUCUACCGAUCUGUAGUCAGACCUGUUAUGUUAUACGGGGCAGAGUGUUGGGCAGUUAAGAAGACUCAUGUGCGUUGUCUGCAUGCGGCGGAGAUGCGGAUGUUACGAUGGAUGUGUGGGAAGACAAGGUUGGAUAGGAUUUCGAACGAAGUUAUCCGACGUCAGGUAGGCAUGGCGCCGGUGGAAGAUAAGUUGCGGGAAGCGAGGUUGAGAUGGUUUGGGCAUGUGAGACGGCGAGAUGCUGAUGCCCUUGUGCGGAGGUGCAAGAGGAUAACGAUUAUCGGGGGAAGUAGGGGAAGGGGUAGACCUAGGAAGAAUUGGAAGGAGUUGAUUAGGCAGGAUUUAGGACUUCUCACCCUGACUGAGGAUAUGACCUUAGAUAGGAACCUUUGGAGGACUAGGAUUAAAGUAGCUGGUUAGGAGCUCGGUGCUGCAGAGGUUUUUUUUGUAGUGUGUUGUGUUUGAUUGGAAUUUUUUAUUUUUGCUUGCUGGACUUUCAUUUCAUUAUUGUACUUGGUGCUUUAUCCUGUUAUAUCCUGUUAUAUUGUGUUCCCUACCAUAUUUUUUGUGCAGGUUGAGUCGGGGGUCUCUUGGAAACAGCCUCCCUACUUUCGAGUAGGGGCAAGGUCUGCGUACACACACCCUCCCUAAACCCUACUAUAGUGGGAUUCAACUAGGUUGUUGUUUAUAAUUUCUCGUAUUUGUAUAAAUUGAAAUAGAAUUGGUGGUUUUUUUGGUGUCCAUAUGAGGGCCUCUUUAACACUGCAUAUGUCUGGGCCAUUUUGUGGGGAUGAAGUGAAAGAUUCAAGGAAUGUACCUGUAAUUUUACUGGUGGAAGAGGCAUUACUUUAACAAUUUUGUCCACCUAUAAUUGUAAAGUUGCUGGAUUGUGAUGCUUUUGUUCGGCCUUUUGUGAUUGUAAUAGAAACAUAGGUCAGAUUGUAUGGAUUUGUGCCAAGUGUACCAAACUUGUAAUAGCCAUUGGAUUGUUUAAAA